AUGUCCAAGGAGAGCAUAGAGGUUGCGAAACAUCAUGCCAGCAUGGAUUCGUUUCUAACUUCUUCUGGCCUCCUGAAGUACAAAGAGGCUGCCGUAGAGGACCUUGUGGCGGCCGAGUCUUCAUUUGACGUUGUGCUGGCCUUAGAGAUCAUUGAACAUGUUAACGAACCGACCGCGUUUGUACGCAAUUGCGCAAGUCUUGUUCGCGAGGGCGGUGUCCUCAUUAUUUCUACUCUAAAUCGGACACUGAAGUCAUAUGCACUGGGAAUUAUAGCGGCGGAACGCAUCUUGGGUUGGCUUGCGCCAGGUACUCACGACUGGAAUAAGUUUCCGCGUCCAGAAGAGGUUGCGCACAUCAUCAAGGCUGAGACCAAGCUUAUACCUGAGGAAGUUAUAGGGAUUGGAUAUAAUCCUUUGUCGGGAACAUUUUCCAUUGUCAAUGAUAUUGACAUGAACUACAUUCUGGCGGCCCGACGUCCAUUGUUGAACAUAGGCACAUCCAGCCCUGCACCAGAAAAACCAUGA